UGGAUUAUAAUAACAAUUAUGUUUGGAUCUAUUUAUUACAUAAUUACAGAAUAUUGCUGACUUGCUCAAAUUAUAUCUACCUUUUUCCAGUUGGGUCCUCAACAGUUCAAAUUAUUUAUAUACAGUGAAUUAUGGUAUCUUAAUAAAUUGAAAUUAUGAACUUUAUAAUUGUUAAAUUAUUUUUAUUCAUAAUUAUUGAAGUGAGUGCCCAAUUCGAUAAUUCAGAUGUUGGUGAUAGUGUACAAACAGAUAACAUAGAGGAUGAUUUUAUGGGUAUUGAUACCAUUGCUGACAAUGCUCUAGAUGAUUUAUCUUCAGCGGAUAAUUUCCUUGAAGAGAGAAUUCCCGAGAUUGUAGGUGGAGAAAAUGAAGGAGAUACAUCAAGGUAUGCCGAUCCAACCUUGCAUAAAUGGAAACAUAAGGGACCCUUGUUUCACAGUCACUCACAUACUCAUACCUUUACCCAUGGAACUCAUCUCCAUGAAACACCAGUCGUAGUUCAUCCAGUUAACUAUGAAUUUUCUCAUCGACCUCAAUCUAUUCACCCUCCAAACAACCAUCAGUAUGUUGUUGUUAAUGACCAUGGCAUGGAAGCAGCUACACGACCACUGAUCUUAAAUUCAAACCAAUGGUCCGAAAGUUCCCAUCAAAAUUCACAUCAGACGACAUACAAUCAAAACUUCCACCAGCAAAAUCAAGCCAUCCAUCACCAAAACAUACAAUUUUCCAACCAGAACAAUCACCACUUUGACUCACCUGGUAAAUUGGUUCAUUCCUGGGAGUCUGCAAACCCCAAGAUAGUAAAUAUAAACGGACAUAGUAAUACUUUCAUCCAUUCUGGUACAUCCCAAAAUUUUAUUUCAUCCCAUAAUGAAGGUGUUGGUUUGGAAGCAGAACAUCUUGGUUCUCUAUCAGAUGAUCAGGUGGUAGGUAUAAGCAUGCCGCCUGAAGAAGAGAUUCAUUGGCAUGUUAAGCCAGAAAACUCUCAGCUCUCUGAAGAUCUCAUAAGGCCUGUAGUAUACGACUCAGGGAUGAACAAAAUUCUGGAGGUAUUAGACGAGAGGUCUUACUAUCAUACAAGGCCAGAAACUUCUGGUUAUGCGAAGCAUGCAGAGAUGUCAACAGUUGAUCAGCCUCAUGAUGAACUUCCUUCGUAUCAGUUUUCAGAGUAUGAAGAGCAGGAACACCAAGCACCACGCGGAUCAGAAACUACCGAUGAAGCUCCAAAUGAUCCUUACAUAGGAAACAUAAUCCAGAUUCCUUCUAACAAUCGUUGUCACUGUUAUAGAAGGAGAAACACGAGAAACAGACGAUCACCAAAGUUGAUCAACAUGAACGUUCUUUCCGACAAUUCCAUGAACUUCAACAUAUCCAGUUUGAAAUUGAAGGAAAUGAACUCCAAGCUGAAUGAUACUUUGUUCGGAUAUAGAGACAUGGUCGAUGAUUAUCGUAAAAAAAUUACUGAUAAAAGAGAGUUACUAUUUGCAGAUGUUCUGGACAGCAUUAUCGGUAAUUUUCAGUUCAGGGGGUACAAGGAUUCUGCUGAAUUGAAGAAGAGGGAGAAGAGAUCAGCUACGAUUACGAAGUUAUUGAACAAUCCUGAUGCAAGGCUGGAUGUUCGAAAAACAUUGGAUAAUGUAGGAACCAUAACAAGAAAUGCUUUCGAAGACGAAAGAUCGCCGUUAUACCACGUGAGACAAUUUAUGGGAUCAACCAAAAAUGCCGUUCUCUCAGCAAUGAAAAUUCCCCCUCAGAACCUAGUGAUACCAUCAAAUUAUGAAAUAAAGAAUAUCAACCCUGAAGAAAUAGAGGAAGAAGGAGACGAUGUGGUGAGUGCCAUCAAUCCGAAAAUCUUAUCACGUUCUGGUUUUAGAAAUGGAGACACCGAUGAGAACUACGAAGAGGCUUAUCCAAGUGAUCCAUAUGGAAUUGUUGAAACAUUUGCUAGGGUGGGAGGAGCAAUAAGGGACAGCGUAAGAUCAAGUCAGAACACUCUGAACCACAUCAGUAACAUUGCCCAUGAUGCGAGAAAAAUUUUUCACACAACCAAAAAUACAGUUCCAAGGGUCCUACUUCCAUACGCCAAAGCUCCAGUAUUGACUAGUAGAUUCAAGGCAAACAAGAAUGCUCCAUUGAAAAAAGCGAUUAUAAUUAGCCCAAAAGUUUUGGACGUCAAAGAUCCUAUAAUAGGUGCUCAAAAGACUCAUCCGGAUUUCGUUUCUAUGGGUCAUAUUCUGGACGCCAUUGGUCUUACGAAGUCUAAGAAAGAUCAUAUAGAUCUGGAAAAAAUUGUGGUUAAGAUGCCAGGAGAGGGAGAGACAAGGGGUAUUUACAUACCACCAAUAGGGGAUGUGAAAUCUGUUAAUGGUAGAAGACUUCCAAAUUUCAGGGGAGAUAACGAACAGACGAAAGGAAAAUCCGCCAAAAAUCUUGGAAGCAUCCACGACAAAAUUGUUUCAACUAAUAGGGUAGUCAAAGAAAAUAUGCAAAAAAGAAAAAAUGAUAUUACGAAGAACUUAGACAAAACUAAGAAUAAAAUAAAAUACGGAAUACAACAAUUAAAAGAACGUAACAAAAUAGAAAAUGAUUCUGAUAUUUUAUCUCAGUCUUUAACUCGAAGUGAUAAGUCCAACAUUAAAGCAAACAAAAACGAAAUAAAACAAUUUACAAAAGAAGAAGAGAAUGAAAUAAUCGAUAAGUUCCUUUAUAAUAUAUUCAAAACAGAUGCAAACCAAUCUGCAGCAAUAGUUUCCCUCAAUGAUAUGAACAAAAAUGAAAAAGUUAAUUAUGAAAUUAAUGCAAACCUGAAGAAAAAAGACAAGCAGAAUACUGAAUCUACAUUAGGAUCGUCAAAUAUUAUUUAUUCUUCUGAUAUUCUACCUAAUAUAACACAAUCAAUUUUGGAAGAAACAAUAAAAAAUAUAACUAUGGAUUUAUUACAAGAUGAGAAUAAGAAAGACGGUUAUAAUAAGAAUUAUAUCAAGACUAACACAAUACAAAAAAAUUAUUCGAAUAAGAGAAAGAAUGUGAAAUUUACGAAGAGACCUAAGAUUGUUUUACAGUCGAGGUUUGGUGAUGAUGAAGAUUCCACUCCUGCUAUACUAAGUAGGACAAACGAAGAUAUUGUUGAGAAUAAGGAUCAAGUUACAGAUACAACUAAACCAAAUAUUACUCCUGAAUUCAAAGGACUUGAUAAGAACGAGGAAGAAGCUAUGAGGAAGGUUGAUGAAUAUGUCUUGAAUGACGUUGCUCUAUCUGAUUCUUCGAAUAACGAGAAGGGAAAAAAUUCUUGGAAAAUUGAUAAUGUUCUUGAAUUGAUUGAAGAUCCAUCAGCUGAAGAAUCGUCUAAUGAGUUGAAAUCCGAGGAGAACAGAGAAGAAAACGUUCCUGUCUUUGCAUCUAGAAGUUUGUUGUCAAUUUUAGAUGCUCCAGAUCGACAACAUAAGGAUCUGAAUAGGAAAAAAAGAAGUACUGAUCACGAAGAAACAGUUGGUUUGAAUUUAGCUCCAGAUUUGAUGAAACCUUUUAUGGCAGUUGCUCCCAACUCAAACAUCGAUGAAGUUUAUGGAUACGAAGAUGAAAAUAAAGAAGAUGACGAGAUUAACAAUGUAACUGAGCCAAAUUCACCAACAACAACUGUUUCUAAUUCAGAUAUGUCUUUCUACGAGGAAAAUUUGGAUGGCAAUGCUGAUGAAGAGGAAGUAGUUGGAUUGAAUUAUCCUUUCACUAGUAAUGAAGAAAAUGAAUACAAUGUAGAGAAUAACAACAACGAUGAUCAAUAUAAUUCACCUGUCCUCAUGAUGCCACUUAGAACUACAAAAUCGGUGAAAAAAACGUUAGAUGAAUUUUUGAAGAAAGAAAACCAGACAAAACAACAAAUGUUGAAUGCCGAAGAAAACCGUGUGAAACAUUCUAGAUCCGGUGAUAUCUCUGACAAUCAUGAAGGAUUUGAAAUGCCAAUUGAAGAACAAUUGUAUAUCAUUCCACAAUCAGACCUUUUGAAAAAAAUGAUCUCAACUGUUUCAAAUAAAGAGAAUUGUAAAAUUAAAAGAUGUUACAAAAAACCAACAAACGAGAACAUACCACAAUACAAUAGAGGUUAUCCGUAUGAUGAUCAAUAUGAGCAACAAAAUGUUGUUAUAUGUGUUUGCAUAUCUGAGAGUUCCCAUGGUCCAGUUUCUUAUAACGGCGAAUUGUAUAGAUAUCCUUUUUAUCGAAGUAGAGAAGAAGCUGAAGAAUUUGAGCAGGAGGUAAAUAGGAACGGUGUUGGAGAAGGAAGAACAUCAAUGUAUAUGAGUGACACUCUUAAGAAGCCCUUUAUGGGUUUAGGAAGUGAUGAAACCAUCAAGAAAUAUUACGAUGAAUUUAAUAACCAGCCAGAAGGUGGUGGAAGCGAGGGUGGAAGUCUAUUCGAUUCUAAUGAAGAACAACUUUUAUUCUAUGACAACUAA